AUGGUCUCAUUUUGUUAUAGCGUGAGGUUUGCUGUCACCAUGCCUUUCGGUACGUAAAUUAUUACGUAUGCAUUUAGUUCUCCCAAAGGGAUUAAUAUUCUGACCUUGGCAAUGGGAAAAGUUCGGCUUUUUUGUUCAUUGUUUGCUUCUCACACUUGAUUAGCUUCAAUAACAAUAACAGCACUAAGCGCUGGUCGAACACGCACACGCCUCCACGAGUUGCGGAAACCUAACACGAGCUAUUCCUCUCUUGAAAAGUCUCUGAUGGCUUUGAAUUUCCUGGCUGAGAUCCUGCCUCUGGUUGCCUUGCUUCUUUCAGUUGCUUAUAUCAGCGUCCUUUUCUACCGAUGGACGAAGCUACGAAAUUAUCCUCCAGGACCUUGGGGCCUACCAAUACUUGGAAAUCUAGCUCAGCUUGGCUCCUCGCCGCAUAUCAAAUUGACUGAGCUCAGCAAGGUCUACGGAGAUGUGUUUUCCUUAAAGUUUGGCUCCAGAAAAGCAGUGGUGUUGAACAGCGAGGAGGUGGUCAGAGAAGCACUGUUGAAAAAUUCUCGCCAGUUGUCCAAUCGACCACUGUUGUUCGCCGCUAAGAAUGUCAGAAAAACGAGUAUCUCUUUUGGAGAACAUUGCUCAGCUCAAGUCCUCAGGAAGAGAUGUGCCCUAAGAGCAAUUCACCAAGUUGCAUUCGACAAACAAGAAUAUUUCAAUAAAAUUGUGCAAGAUGCGUUUUUGGAAUUCCAAGAAAGUCUGGCCGAGAAAGAAGUGAAAACAUUCCAGCCUUCUGUUGACCUUAAACAGGUUGUUAUCAAAAUCAUGUUCCACUUUACGUUUGGAGAAGACCCUUGCAAUGUCGACCAGCUCAUAGAAGAAAUGCAAAAGCUUGUUGAAGAAUCCAGCGAGUUUACCGAAAGCAGCGCAGCUUGCGGUCUGGUGGACUUCCUUCCUUGGAUUAAACCAUUUAUUCGCAAACAGGUGGCCAUGGUGGAACGCUCAAUCGAGGGGUUGAUGUCAUUCGUUGAUAAAGUGUACACUAACACUACGUCUAGAGAAAAGGCUACUGAUAAAAAUUGCAUUGCAUUGAGCUUCGCAAAGCUUUGGGAGGAAGCUAAAAUUAAAUAUUACGAAGAGAUAAAGAUGGAUUUAGAUUUGGAAGAGCCGACGGAUCUUCCUAAUUCUUCACCAAAAGAGAACCAACCCAACAACGGGAAGGAAGAAAUUGUCAAAAUGCUAUCAGCCGAUAUUUUUGGUGCAGGGCUGGAGACAGUCUCGAAUUCCUUGUGCUGGGCGAUGGCUUAUAUCGUAAACAACCCUGAGAUACAGCAAAGUCUUCACAGAGAGUUGGAUAACGCUGUUGGGCGGCAUCUCCUUCCCACAAUCCAAGAUAAGCGAAACAUGCCUUUAUUACAAGCAACGGUAUUGGAAGUUCUCCGCAUUGCCUCUGUACUGCCACUCGCUCUGCCUCAUGAGACAGCUGCAAAAACAACACUUAGUGGAUACACGAUACCAAAGGACACGAUCGUUGUCAUUAAUCUGUGGGCAGUGAAUCAUGACCCACGCGUGUUCCAGGAACCUCAUGUAUUCAAUCCUUACCGAUUCCUGAAUGAAAACGGAGAGGUCUGCGAUGUAAAAACCAAGUUUCAGCUGCCUUUUUCGAUUGGCAGUCGACGCUGUCUUGGAAGCUCAUUGGCUAAGGCAGAAAUGUUUCUCCUGUUGGCAUGUUUGCUACAGCGUUUCCAGUUUUCACGCGCAAAGCCCGACUAUGUAGACUUAGAAAGUCAGUUUGGACUCAGCCUACGUCCAAAAAAUUUCAGUGUUUGUGCCAAUCUUCGGUAA